CAACAGGCUCUUGUUUAUAAUAACACAUUGUGAUAUCAAUAUCCUGGCAGUUAACACCCUUCCCUUCACACUUUUAAGAUGCUCUUCCUAUAAAUGUUGAGGAAAGCAUCCAGAACUUCACCAUUCGUUGGCACUUGGAUCGAACCACGAUGAAGUACACACUACUGCUCAUUCUGUUGAUGGCGAUCGUCAUCAACCACCAGACAGAGGGGUGGCCGCGUUGGAGGAGGAUUCGGAUCAGGUGGAGGUGGAGAAAAGCCGCCGACAUAGCAAACAUAUUAGCCGGCAACGGAAAGCGAGAUCUGUCCGAGUUUGACACCAACAAGGACGGACAUGUGGACGAGUCUGAACUAGAAGAAUUGUUUAACAAGCGGGAGGUUCGGGAAAUCUUGGAGAGAGCUGAUAAAGAUGGAAACAACAAAAUAUCCAUGCAAGAGUUUCAGCAAUUCAUCAAUGAGUUAAACAAGAUGGAAUAAACAAAAUGUAAGUCCAGCUUUUUCUCUCUGAAUAUCGAGAACUUAGACUGCUUAUGAGACGCCAUCUGUGUAAACAAUAAUAAAAUUUGCAACACAAAA